CUCUGUACGUUUCUUGUGUUGUCAUUUACUGCUGUACGACUGCCUUAUUUGGUUGGCGGAUUGGUUGGCGGAUUAAAGCAAGAUAAAAAAGAAAGUCAAAGAAUCUCGCGCAAGACACGGCUUUUACCAAAACCAAACGAAUGACCGUCGACUCUCCCACUGCCGCACGAAAGCGCCAAGCUGCUAUUGAAGAAGAACAACCUUGGUGUUUAAUAGAAUCAGAACCAGAUAUCUUUACCGAGUUAUGCUCAACUUAUGGGGCCAAGGAUGUCGCGGUUCAACAAGUUUUCACACUUGACAUGAUACCAAAGAAAGCGUAUGGUUUGAUCUUUGCAAGUCGGUACGACGACUCAACCCCCAUCCCUGACAGUUGGAUCGAAAAGGACGACGAUCGCGACAAAGUGUUCUUCUGCUGCCAGGUUAUCACCAAUAUUUGCGCCACCUUAGCCGUGCUUGCUGUUCUGUUUAACGCGGAUCACCUUACAGAUAUCGGCGAUCACUUGCGAGAACUGAAAAGCAUGCUGCUUCAUGUCGAUCCUGUGACGAGGGGCAUGGCUAUCGGUAAUGAUACUCUUUUACGAAAGGCUCACAACAGCUUUGCAGGAGCACAGGCAAAAGCUGCUAUUUCACCAAAGCGACGGAAAGCUUCUCCACCCAAGAAAAAGGGCCGGAAACCAAAGGCACCAGUAGUCGAAGAGGAAGUAAUAUAUCAUUAUAUAUCCUACGUUCAUGCCGGCGGGUUUUUAUGGGAGUUGGAUGGUAUGAACCGCAUGCCGAUCAAGCAUACGCCAUGCACCCAAGACAAUUGGUUGGAAGCUGUAGAGCCUGUCUUGCAGCGAAAGAUACAAGAAGGAGGUGAGGAUAUUUGCAUGCUGGCUGUCGUACCAGGUGCAUGGACAGAACAAGGCCGCGAGGAUAUUGCGGAAAUUAGAGACGUGGAGAAAUGCCUCGAUGCCAAGCUAGACGAACUGGAACCAAGCUGGAGAAAUAUGGAUGACUUUACGGUGCCUACAAUCACGUGUGUAGGCAAUCCAACUACAAUUGUCGAGGAUUAUGCGCGACGCUCAACAGUCAGUGCCCUGAUACAAGCGAAAAAUCAUUUGGCAGAUCAAAUACAGUCCAGACCGUUCGAUUCUACUUUUGCAUUGAAGGAGCGUGAUAUGAGUCAGCUCGAAAACACCCGUCGUAAGCAUGACUUUACAGGUUUCAUAAAAAAGUUCAUUAGCCACAUUCAUGACAACGAGAUGCAUAAGGAGGUGUUCAAGUUAAAAAAUUAAGACUUGGAUUUACAAGCGUUACGUUCUCUGUUUCUACAUUUACUCUAAACUUCUGUACAUAAUAACGACACGUUACAAAAAAGAUAAAGGCAUAAGCGUUACGAAUAUUUUUUAGACAAAAUAGCAUUAAGCUGCAUAGUUUUAGUUUCAAAAACUCACUAGGCCAUGGAAACAUACCAUCAGUCUGCUCACAUUCGAUUGCAUAGCAUUACAACUGCGCCGUCGGGUGCAACAUGUAUUAUUCCGAUUUUCCCAGUAUCCAAAAAUAACAUUUUUCUAUUGGUUGAUAUUUGUAAUCAGCCGAUCUUAGAAAUUAGUAAGAAUCUCCCGAAUGCAGGUACUAUUGGCAGGGUGGAUAUGGGUAGACACCACGGAUAACAUAAUACUGUAAUACACUGGUUCCGUAACGGGCCGCAAAUGGAUGCAAU